UUUCAUGGCCACGUCUCAAAACUCUUUGUAGGCUACGCAAACUAACACUCUGAAGACAGUGGAUGUUCGUCUAAAGACCGUGAACGUAAUAUAACAGUACGUUUCAGAGCUCUCCUCACUCAUUGGGGUCUCGUCGACCAGCAACACACCGGAGAAGCAGCUCACACAGAGAGUCUCCAGCAUGCCGCGCUUCAGACUGACGCCACCGGCCAUGGUGUUCCUGCUGCUUCUGCAGGGAGUGGCCGUGGUGCUGCUGUUUGGAUGGUACAUCCGGCUCCUCCCUUGUGGUAGCCCUCCCUCCCAGGGCAAGGUCCACGUGCUCCUGCUGUCCUCAUGGCGGUCUGGAUCCUCCUUCCUGGGCCAGGUGUUCAGCCAGCACCCGUCUGUCUUCUACCUGAUGGAGCCAUCGUGGCAUGUGUGGACCACUCUGCAGAUGCCUGGAGCCCGGGCGCUGCGCAUGGCGGUGAGGGACCUGAUGCGCAGCGUCUUCCAGUGUGACAUGUCUGUCAUGGAUGCCUACACUCCGGCCCAGCACAACAUGUCAGCCCUCUUUAUGUGGAGCCACAGCCGUGCCCUGUGCUCUCCACCUGCCUGCCAGCUCACACCUCGCCACCUCUUCAGCAACGAGACGGAGUGCAAGCGGAAGUGUGACAGGCCUGGCCUGCAGGGGGCAGAAGAGGCCUGUCAGACCUACAGCCAUGUGGUGCUCAAAGAGGUGCGCUUCUUUGAGCUGGACUCCCUGUACCCUCUCCUGCAGGACCCCACUCUGGACCUGCGCAUCAUCCACCUGGUGAGAGACCCGCGGGCCGUGGCACGCUCCAGGGAGCAGUCAGCCAAAGCCCUAGUGAAGGACAAUGCCCUGGUCCUGGAGGAAGGCAACACCAAGGUGGUUGACACACAGUACCGCGUCAUGCAGGAGAUAUGCCGAAGCCACGUCCGCAUCCACGAGAGGGCCAUGCUCAAACCCCCAGACUUUCUACGUGGACGUUACAAGAUGGUACGCUACGAGGACAUGGUGAGAGACCCCCUGACAGAGAUCGACUCUAUGUAUCAGUUUGUGGGGCUGGAGAUGACACAGUCGCUACAGGAGUGGAUCUAUAAGGUCACCCACGGUAAGGGCAAGGGCACCAAGAAGGAGGCCUUCCAAAUCACCUCCCGCAACGCAGCAGACGUCUCUCAGGCUUGGCGUACUACUUUGCCCCAUGGCAAGGUAAGGCACAUCCAGGAGGUGUGUAAGGGCGCCAUGUCUUUGCUGGGGUAUAGGACCGUUGCCAGUGAGAAAGAACAGAAGAAACUUGACGUGGACCUUCUGACUCCCCGUGAACGAUAUCACUUCAGCUGGCUCCCUUCCAAAACUGACAAUAUAAAAAACAAUGAGUAAAUCAUAUUUUCAGAGACCGAAUCCCACUCAAAUCUAUUUGUGGGAACGAGAACAAUGCAACUAUUCCCCAACAGGAGGGUGUCAAUAUCCAUCCCCUAAGGGAAAAUGGAGCUGGAAAAAGAGCUGGAGGGCCAGUAUUGGUAAGGGGUUAAUGCAGGGUUCCCCAAUAGGCGGCCCACGGGACAUAAAAUACUGUCAAAUCAGCUCAAAGUGAUUUUAAUUUAGGAAAUCCAUUGCCAAGUAUUCCCACUAAUAAAUAGAGAGGCAUAUGUGAUCGUAUCCCAGUGUAAUCAAGGUUUGAAAUUAUUCUGUUUUUGUCAAAUAGUAUCUCUGUUUGGGAUUCUUGCGGUCAAUUGUUCCGGCCCCCCCGACCAUCCGCUCAAGUAAAAAUCGGCCCACUGCUGAAUGUAUUUGGGGACCCCUGGGUUAAUACACGUCAAUCAUAUGUAGAUCUGCUUUGAUUUAUGUUUACAGAGACUGAUGGUUAUGUUGUGUUUUAUUUUCUUGAUUCUAAUCUUUCUUUAUGUCAUUGUUGUAAUGUUCUAUAGAGUACUGAAAGAAUGGUUCGUCUUUGGGGAAGGAAUGGAAGAGUUAGGCAGUGGGAUAUAUCAUAAAUCACAUUGAUUUCCAACCUACACAUACUGGAGCCAGAGAUGAAGCCCAGCUCCGUGGCAUGAUGUUAUUCCCGACCGGGGUUUGAGAAGGAGCUGCUGUACUGUAGCCGUCAGUGAAGACUGAAGAUAAGCCCUCUCUCUGUCACAACCGGUUAUGCUCAGAAUGUGUUGUAGUUUGAAGCACCAGAUUAAAACACAUUUACAAGUGUGCAUGUGAGAGGGUGCAACUCAGUGUGUGUUUGUGUGAAUGCCUGUGUGUUUGUAUCGGUUUGGUGGUCUAUGAAAGUGGAUUUAUGGGUUUUGUUACUGUUUAUAUCAUUUUAUAUAAACAGGUACUCCACCCUUCUCCUAAAUCAGUUUUUAGUCCAGGAUUAGGCUUAAUCUGUGUCCGGGAAACCUUGCAAUGAGUGUUGGUCAGUGGCUUUGUUUAACUCCAUUACUUUAUGAAUCAAGAAUAGAGUGACUUUUUACAUACAACAUAGCCAGUUUAUGCACCCUGCUCUUUGUUUAAUUAACAUUUCCAUAGUGUUUAAUAUCAAUGACAUAUUUUAUCUGAAGGGCAUAAUUAAAUGUGGAAUGUCCUCAAAUAUCCUUCUACUUAUUAUAUUGUGACUGGUACUUUUAGGUGUCAUGACUUGACAUUAACAUUCAUGGGUGUGUGCAUUUGCAAUGAAGUUUGCUAUCCAUGCAGUCUUCACACAUCAAUAUGGCUCCCAGUAUAAUGUGAACAAAUCCUCUGCUAUGUUGUUUUUCAUGGGUGUAGAAAAAAGGAAUUUGGUUACAAUGAUAGUGGUCUGAUGGAACCACUUGAUUUUCUCACCUAGAUCUGGCUAUGUUAUACAUAGUUUUGUACUAAUGACAAUAAGAAUGCUUACUGUAGGCAAUGCUAAUGGAAUCAUCUUGAUUUUCCCAAUGUAAUUAUCUAAUAAUAACCAGAUGAUUUUAUUUGAUUAUGGUGAGAUUAUGAGGUACUGGUGAUUUCGGAAUUGAUUUUGUUUGAUCCGUUGAUUUUAUUAGCAAUAAAUAUAACAUUUUAUUAAAUUA